AUGGACGCGAUCGUGCCACCAGAGGUCACUGCAGAGCUUACGCAGAUUUUAUCAAAUCUCGUCCUCGGAGAUAACCAGAUUCGAUCCAAUGCGGAAAAAGCAGUGAACGACCGUCUCUCGCAGGCGCCGGAACUGUACAUCCUUGCGCUUGCUCAGUCUUCGAUAAAUGCAGAUACUGAAGUGAUGCGGUCUUUCUCCCUCGUUCUUCUCCGACGUCUUCUCUUCCGUCCGUCUCCCACCACCCGACUGUCUCUUUACGACCACCUUUCUGCGCAAAGCGUCAGCACUCUAGAACGCAUUCUCUUACAUUCUUUGCUACACGAAUCAUCAUCUAUGGUGCGAAGAAAGACGGUAGAUACCGUUGCAGAUCUCGCAAAUAAUUCGAUGGCACGCGGCAGACCGUGGCACGCGCUGCAGGCACAAUCGUUCAGCAUGGCCGAGAAUACAGACGCUAGCACUCGGGAAUCUGCGUUCAGAGUUUUCUCCGGAACGCCUAACAUUAUCAUGGAUUUGCAAACGGAAGCCAUACUAGCGGUUCUACACAAAGGUUUACAGGACCCGGAGAGUAUCGACGUUCGGCUGGCCGCUUUAAGAGCAUCCGUAGUUUAUUUAUCUGCCUCCGACGUGCCACAGCAGGCUCAAUCGCUUUCGCUGAUGUACCCCAUGCUGAACACGCUGCCAACGCUCCCUCAUGCUAACUUGCCUUCUUUCAUCUCUACACUGACGCCGUUAGCAUCCAGCAACCCAAGCUUGUUCGAGCCACAUCUCCCUGCGCUGUUGGCAUUCCUUCCCGCUCUGAUCCUUCCCGCAGUAGAUGCCGGUCCGACUCCCACCGUCGCGCAUCCAAAUCCUGGUGCAGGCGGAAGUAGCUUCGUGUUCCCCCCGCCAUCACAAAAUGGGAAUGGAAAGGGUAAAGCUGCGGCGGAGGAGCGACCAGGAGAUGACGAGGAAGAAGAAGUGCGCAAGGCUGCGCUGGAGUUCAUGAUCAGUUUGAGCGAGGCGCGCCCGAAUAUGGUUAAGCGCGUAGAUGGCUGGACGGGUGUCGUGGUACGUGGAUGUCUGGAGGGCAUGGGCGAAAUUCCAGAGGAUGAGACGGAUAUCUGGCUUGAAGCCGAGCCUGGGGAAGAUCCAACCGAUGACACGUAUCCGCACGUGUACGAGCAAUCGAUCGACAGGCUCGCUUGUGCACUGGGUGGAAAGGCGGUACUGCCACCUGCGUUCCAGUAUAUCCCUGCAAUGCUUGCGAGCCAUGACUGGAGGUUGCGCCAUGCAGGGCUCAUGGCGAUUGCAGCUAUUGCAGAGGGUACAAAUAAAGUCAUGCAGCACGAGCUGGGGAAGAUUAUCGACCUGGUCACACCAAUGUUCUCAGAUCCACAUCCUCGUGUUCGAUAUGCAGCGUGUCAAUGCAUCGGUCAAUUAUGUACUGAUCUUGAGGAAGUUAUACAAGAACAAUUUCAUCAGCAGAUUUUCGCUGCCCUCAUCCCUACCUUGGAAGCUCCGGAGUCUCGAAAACCUACUGCUGCUCAUCAUGCGUUGAUAAACUUCUGUGAGGGCGUCGAACGUGAAACGCUUUUGCCUUAUCUCGACCCUAUCGUUGAGCGCUUGCUUAAGUUGCUCAACCCGGGAACCGUGGAUAAACCUCCAAAGAGGUACGUUCAGGAGCAAGUCAUUACCUCUUUGGCUAUGGUCGCGGAUGCAAGUGAAGUCACAUUUGCUAAGCAUUAUUCAUCUAUUAUGCCGCUAUUACUGAAUGUUCUCCGAAAUGCAAAUGGCCCGGAAUACCGCCAGCUGCGUGUGAAGGCAAUGGAGUGUGCUGGUCUGAUAGCCAUUGCCGUUGGACGAGACAUUUUCCGACCAGACGCGAGUACCUUUGUAGAGCUUCUCAUGCGAAUUCAAAAUGGCCCUCCGGAUCCAAAUGAUACAAUGCUAAGUCAUUAUCUCAUGUCAACUUGGGCGAAGGUGUGCCAGGCGAUGGGUCCCGAAUUCGAACCGUAUCUACCUGUUGUUAUGCCUCCUUUGUUAUUGGCUGCAAGCGCAAAGGCUGACGUUUCAAUCUACGAUGACGAUGGUGAGCCAGACGAUAAAGAUGGAUGGGAGACCAUUAGCAUGGAUGGACAGCAAGUUGGUAUCAAGACAUCUGGCCUCGAAGAGAAAUGUCAAGCGUUUGAGACGCUGGUCAUAUACUGCUCCACUCUCGGUGUCCGUUUCGUGCCUUACCUCACGCAAAGUCUCGAACUCGUCCUUCCGUGUUUGCGAUUCUUCUUUCACGAAGGCGUUCGAGAAGCAUGCGCCAUGCUGACCCCAAUGCUCAUCUCAUGUGGAAAAGGGAGCGGAACAUUGACCAAUCAGAUGGUGUCCGCAACAUUUUCGCAACUGGUGAACUGCAUCGCGGGCGAGACAGACUCGUCAUUCCUCGCAUCUUUAUAUAAAUGCUUCUGUGAUUGCAUGCGGCUGUUGGGCGGGCCCCAGGCGCUGACACAGGAGAUUCACGAUGGAGCCAUCGAGGCUACCAAACGCCAACUACAGGGUCUAGCGGACAAGCGAAAAGCGCGCGCAGCGCGGCCAGCAGUGGAGCUUGCGGACGACAAGGAUGAUCUGAUGUUGCUGGAGGAAAUGGAGGACUUUGCGCUGGAAGACAUGGCACGGAUGUUGAUGGCAUUCGACUCAAAUCAUCCCUUGCUCAUGGCCAUUUCCAGCGUACGGGAUUUGGGCUUGCAUCUUGGGCAAUGGGACAGCGAGGAUGAAGAUGGAACCGAAGGGUAG